AUGGGGGACAUAUUUCUUCAAAACCUGUCAAGCAUCAUCACUGCACAUGUCUUAGAUCCACAAGAGGGAGAAAGAAUAUUGGACAUGUGUGCUGCCCCUGGUGGAAAAACAACUGCAAUUGCUUCCCUUAUGAAAGAUAAAGGAAAGGUUAUUACAGUUGAUAGGUCUGAUGACAUGGUACUUGCUACAUUUUGUGAUAAUAUUCUUAAAAAUGGUGGAAGUGAGAAAUUGAAUGAUGAAGCCAUUGAGGACACGCUUGAGAAGGUAGUAAAGUUGCUUGCCUACAUUAGUGAUAAAGAUCUGUUUGCUGAAUUUUACAAGAAAAAACUUGCUAGGAGGCCUUGUUUGUACUUUGUAAAAUGUAGGAUUGGGCACUUGAGCUGGAAGAAGUUUUCAUAGGUUUGAUAAGUUUGUUCCAUAUAAAAAUACAAUCAAGAACAAGAUUCUCCUUUAGCAUGGUAUUGUAGGUUCAAACCUUUUCUGUUAAGUUAUAUCAUUCAUGCAAGAUGAGAAGGGCAUUACUGUCUUUUGCAUGGA